AUGAACAGCACCACCAGCCUCCAAAAUGAAGACCGCGACCGCGAACAAGCCUGUAACGAGUGUCGCCGACGAAAGGCCCGAUGUGAUAAGACGCUGCCCGAAUGCGGGCCCUGCAAGAGGAACCGCAGGCACUGCCUCUAUGAACGGCACAGCAGGACGCCCUUGACGCGCAAAUAUCUGACCCAGAUCGAAGAGCAGCUUCGCCGAUCUCAGGCCCAGGUCGCCCGCGCUGAGCAGCGCCUCCAAGCUGCCGAAGCGCGCGUGCGACAGCUCGAAGCAGCCCAGAGCAAUGCCGCCCAAGCGCUCCACCCCCAGGAUGCCACCACAGAUGGUGCCAUUGAUGACGCUCCCAUUGACGUCUCGCUCGAGGCUCCGCCUUCAGGCCCGGCUGAUUUCAGCUGGGACGAGCAAUCGCAGGACAGCACCCCGGCUGAGACGGCCGGCGGCAGUGCGCAUGCCCAUACCUCGCCUGGCGAAGAUGAGCGCGUCGUCGAUGGCAUGGCUUCGCUCACAGUAGACGAAAGCGAAGCAGGCUACCUAGGAGUUGCGUCGGGCGCUGCAAUGCUGAGACUGCUCCUCCCCGGCGCCCACCACUCCUCGCGAAAAGCGCCGCCUGGAGCCCACUUGAGCACCCCUACACCAGACAAUGGACACUGGCUGUAUACGCCCCUCUGGGACAGCCUCGACCUGGAGGCCGUAGACCUGGAUACCGCCAUCAACGGCUACUUCAGCCUCUACCACAACUCAUAUCCCCUGGUCGAGGAGCACACGUUCCGUGCCCAAUACGCCCAAGUAAUUCCCCGGCCCAGUGGGCGCAGCUGGCACGCCCUUGCUCUUAUGGUGGCUGCAAUUGGCCACUUCACAACAGCAACAGGCCCUGACGACACGGAUCGCAGGCUGUUCAUGGCUGCCAAGUCCAAUCUCCUCGAGGUGGGCAACAUCACCCUCGUACAGACCCUCACGCUCAUGUCAAAUUAUCUGCAGAAGCGGAACAAGCCCAACAGUGGGUACAACUACCUGGGCCUGGCCCUUCACAUGGCAAUGGGCCUGGGGCUGCACAAGGAAUUCCAUCACUGGGACAUAUCCCCGCUGAACAUGGAGAUUCGCCGGCGCGUGUGGUGGUCCAUGUUCGUCUUCAACAUAGGCGCUGCCGUCACGUUUGGUCGCCCACUGGCUUGGCCCAACAGGAAUGUCGAAGUCCAUUUGCCCAUUAACGUUUCCGACAGAGCGUUGACCAACUUAUCCCGCACAGCUCCGAGUGAGGCGGACCAUAUCACAACGUUCAGUGCCGUCAUCAUGCAGUCGAGGUUUCAUCUGUUGGCCAAUGACAUUUACACAAAAGUCAUUUCAAUGCCGUUCCCAGCAGCCACCGAGCUUGUUCGUCUCGACGAUACAAUGAUAGGGAAAUGGGAGUCGUCAGUGCCUGUUUGGUAUCGCCGUGAUGCGAUCAUACCUCCUCAGUUCGCAACUGGCCAUGCCAUUAUGUGGUGGCGACUGAGCAACUUCAGAAUCAUCAUGUAUCGGCCUUACGUUAUUCAGCGCGUGCUCCAAGCAAGGUCACACGUUGGUGACGAUGCAGUGCCGUCAGCAGUGCAAGAGGCCUACGCCAGAUGUCUCCGCGAAGCUAAUGAAAGUAUCAGCGCCAUCAGUACGUUCUGGGCCAACACGUCACCAUCGCGAAUGGCUGCGUGGUAUGCAUUGUACUUUUUGUUCCAAGCAUCGCUCAUACCCUGUGUUUGUUUGCGCAACGAGCCUACUGCACCGUCAUCCGGAAACUGGCGUGCGCAGAUCAGCCAGACGAUGCGGACUAUGCAGCACUUGGCAACAAUCAAUCCGAGCGCACAGGACUGUCUGAACGUCCUUGAACGACUGUGCGGUCCGUUUUUGCAACCCCAGAUGGCUGCGCAGGAUGCACAUGCGCUCACGACCCCUGAUGGUGUUUUAUUGGAACAUCCUACUGAGGAAUCUCCGCACACUCAGAUCAACAAUGUUUACAGCAUGAUGUGGCCGAAUGCGAAUGACGCAGAAGUGGAUGUACUCAUACAGAGGGGGAUAUGGGCUGAUUUCCUUCCGAAUCCCAAGGUUUGA